GUUCAUUUUCAACUGUUCCUUGUUUAUGCGAAGAGCUGUCGAAGCAAUUGACAGAUCGUAUUAAUUUCAGUACAUAUUUCCAUUCAUCUUCGUCGGGAGUUUUUCGAUUGUAUUUUGUGGAUUUCCUUGAAACGAAAAGAUGUCUUUGGGACCGUUUUUUCGCUCGCCGUUUACUGAUUUGACCGCAUCCAUGGUCAACUUUCAGCAGUAUGACAAAUGCGGUGAACUGGAAAUGGCCUCCAUUGAUUGCUUGGAAGCGUACGGAAUGAACCGAGGACAGGAGAAAUGUGCGGAUGUCGUUAACGAUUUCUUGGAGUGUGCCUACAUGAGGAAACAAAUCCAAAGAUUCAAUGCUAUGCGUUUGGAGAGACAUCGUCAGGGUUUGCAGGGCGAACGAAAAUCGAGUGAAUACUAUGCGAAACCACCGCGCGUUGAUGCUUAUUAGAUACUGUCUUGAUUUCAUGUAGAUGGAUGUUAAAAUAAAAUCUGUUCAAGGAAUGUGUUUGAAUCAA